UAUCGAGGUGGAUAAGAUAACUACUCAAAAUCUUCUUUGAAAUUUAAACGGGAAAUAGCAUUUCAGAAACACCUGAAAUCUGAGAUUUCUCGUCCCAAAUGCAGCUUGCUGUCUAUAUCUUCAUCGUACCGAUUCCUAGUAAUUUUUUAAGUUCAAACCCUUCCUUCCUUUUGUUUUACAGCUCCUAUCGUUUUAAUCUCUGCAUUCUUCUUCAUUAUCCUGCUACGUGCUUCACUUCAAUCUUUUUCUCACAAUACCCUCUUCCGGGGGUUUUCCACGCUUUCUUUUUGUCAGUAACAUACCUGAUAGCACAGAAAAGUGAAAAUGCUUCAAAGCACUUGACUUUUAGCUUUCAUAUUUGUUUUUUUAAUUGUUUUUCUGCCAUUUAUUUAGCAACAAUAUUUGGCUUUCAUGCUGAAAUUAUACCUUUUAGCAUAAUUACUACCAUUCCAACUAUCUUUAUAUCUUCAGGCUUUCAGAGCAAAGACUUGAUCCGGGAACUCAAAAAAUGGGUAGAUUUUCAAUACCCAAGUUGGGAAUUCUACUGUUAUGCUGCUUAGCAGCUGUUUCAGAAGCAACAUAUGCGAAGUACAAAGACCCAAAACAGCCAGUGGCUGUUAGAAUCGAAGACUUAAUGAGCAGGAUGACUUUGGCUGAAAAGAUUGGCCAAAUGACUCAGAUCGAGCGCAGCGUUGCUACCCCAGAUGUGAUGAAGAAGUACUUUAUUGGUAAUUGGAGGUUCUAUGGGUUUUGUAGGGAGUGUUUGAGUGGCAGAGGGAGUGUGCCGGCCAUAAAAGCUACUCCUGAGACUUGCAUUAAGAUGGUGAACACAAUUCAAAAGGGUUCCUUAUCCACCCGUCUUCAGAUUCCGAUGAUAUAUGGGAUUGAUGCAGUUCAUGGCCACAAUAAUGUGUACAAAGCUACUAUUUUUCCUCAUAAUGUUGGUCUUGGAGUGACCAGGGAUCCUCAGCUUAUCAAGAAGAUUGGAGAUGCAACUGCUCUCAAAGUUAGAGCUACAGGAAUCUUCUAUGUUUUUGCUCCAUGCAUUGCGGUUUGCAGGGAUCCAAGAUGGGGUCGAUGCUAUGAAAGCUACAGUGAGGAUCAUAAGAUUGUUCAGUUAAUGACUGAGAUUAUACCUGGUUUACUAGGAGACAUCCCUGGCAAUUCUAAAAAGGGUGUUCCCUUUGUUUGUGGGAAAAAAAAGGUGGCAGCCUGUGCUAAACACUUUUGGGGAGAUGGAGGUACGACAAAGGGCAUAAAUGAGAACAAUACUGUGAUUAGCUUGAAUGGACUACUCAGCAUUCACAUGCCAGCAUAUCUAAACUCUAUUAGAAAGGGUGUUGCAAAUAUGGUAUCCUAUUCUAGUUGGAAUGGGAAAAAGAUGCAUGCUAAUCGUGAUCUUGUGAUCGGCUUCCUGAAAAACAAGCUAAAGUUCAGGGGUUUUGUUAUAUCAGAUUGGCUCGGUAUUAAUAAGAUCACCUCUCCUCCACAUGCUAACUACUCUUAUUCUGUAGAAGCUGAAGUUGGUGCUGGUAUUGAUAUGAUCAUGGUUUCUAAUUUCACGGAGUUCAUUGAUUUCCUAACCUAUCAGGUUAAGCACAAUAUCAUUCCAAUGAGCAGGAUUGAUGAUGCUGUAAAGAGGAUCUUGAGAGUAGAAUUUGUCAAGGGUCUCUUUGAGAAUCCGAUGGCUGAUUAAAGCCUGGUAAACCAACUAGGGAGUCAGGAGCACAGGGAGUUAGCAAGGGAAGUUAUGAGGAAAACCCUUGUCCUGCUGAAGAACGGUGAGUCUACUGAUAAGCCAUUGUUACCCCUUCCCAAGAAAGCAACUAAGAUACUGGUAUCCGGAACUCAUGCUGAUAACUUGGGCUAUCAAUGCGGAGGCUGGACCAUCACAUGGCAGGGUCUUGGUGGCAAUGAUCUCACUAGUGGCACCACUACCCUCCAGGCAAUUAAAAAUACGGUUGAUCUAACCACUCGAGUUGUCUACAGUGAGAACCCUGAUUCAGACUUUGUCAAAUCCAUCAAAUUCUCUUUUGCCAUUGUUGUUGUGGGAGAACCCUUGUAUGCGGAAACAUUUGGUGACAGCCUGAAUCUUACAUUAUCCGAGCCUGGUCCACGUACUAUUUACAAUGUUUGUGGGGCUGUGAAAUGUGUUGUUGUUGUUAUCUCUGGCUGGCCGGUUGUCAUGCAACCCUAUCUCUCGUCAGUUAAUGCACUCGUAGUAGCAUGGCUUCCAGAGACCGAGGGCAAAGGUGUUGCUGAUGUGCUGUUUGGUGACUAUGGGUUCACCGGCAAGCUUGUAAGGACAUGGUUCAAGACUGUUGACCAGCUCCCCAUGAACAUUGGUGAUCCGCACUACUACCCUCUUUUUCCAUUUGGAUUUGGUCUAACUACUAAACCUACGGAAGGUUAGUUAGCCAUUGCUCUUUUUAAAACAAUUGUCAUGGAAAAGUGUGGGUUGUAAUAUCAAGUGUGUUAACAUUAGUGUAAAAAAUUGUGGUAAAAAGUUGUAAUGUUAAUUUUAGACGUGAUA